UUGCUCACUGCUCACCUGUAGAUGUACUGCAACAUCCUGGAGUGAAGCACAGAGCCCGCUUACAAUGCAUCACAUAAUACAAACUGUAUACAGCUGGUUUUGGUGGGAGAACAUCUGGAUGCCUGCUAACUGCACCUGGGCAGAUUUAGAAGAUCAUAAUGGAUACGUCUUUCCCAAACCACGAAUGCUAUUUGCCACAAUUCCAUAUGCCUUUGUGAUGUUGGUUAUCAGGUUCUUUGUUGAAAGAUAUAUUGCUCUUCCUCUGGCUGACUACUUGGGCAUAAAGAAUGUGAGGCGGAUCAAACCACAGGAUAAUCCCACCCUGGAAGAUUUUUUCCGAAAGUGCACAAAAAAGCCCUCCCAGUCAGAAACACGCAGACUAGCUAAAAAGUGUAACUGGACUAUGCACCAGGUGGAAAAAUGGUUCAGGCGAAGACGCAACCUAGAAAUCCCAACUCUGCAUAAAAAAUUCAAGGAAGCUUGUUGGCGAUGUUUAUUCUACAGUACCUCAUUUAUUGCCGGAACUAUAUUUCUCUGUGAUAAAUCCUGGUUUUAUGACCUUUGGGAAGUGUGGCUCAACUAUCCAAACCAUCCUAUGCUCCCCUCCCAGUAUUGGUACUACAUGCUCCAGAUGAGCUUUUAUUGGUCAUUGCUCUUUACUCUGGGAACUGACACUAAAAGGAAGGAUUUCAUGGCCCAUGUGGUGCAUCAUUUUGCCACCCUUGGCUUGAUGUUCUGUUCCUUUAGUGCCAAUUACCUUCGUCUUGGAACAUUGGCGAUGAUUGUCCAUGAUUCUGCAGAUAUCUGGCUGGAGGCCGCCAAGUUGUUCAACUACGCUCGCUGGGAUAAUACCUGCAGUGCUCUGUUUGUCAUUUUCGCCAUUGUGUUCUUUAUCACACGGCUCAUUCUCUUUCCAUGUUGGAUUUUACGGGCCUCGAUAUAUUAUCCUGUGUUUUAUACCCAGACGCUUGUCCUAGCAUAUUUUGUAUACAAUGGGCAGCUAUUGAUCCUGCAAGGUCUUCACCUCUAUUGGGCCUACUUAGUUUUCAAGAUUCUGAAGAAAUUCAUUUUUGUGAAGGUGCUCAGGAUUCCUAUACCAGCUUGGGCUAAAAUAGGCAAUGAUAAGAAUGUUAAAGAUGAACGGAGUGAUGAAGAAGAAGAAGAAGACUCUCUCAGCGAUACGGAAGGGGAAUGUAUGAAGAAGGGAAUGAAGAAUGGAUUAAAUGAUCCUCUCCUAAAUAAUAAUAAUAUUAAUUAAUGUCCAGCCAAUACCAUCUUGUGUCGUUAACUGCUGUGUCGUAAACCCAACUCACCAAACAGACUUUUUACAUCCACAUCUAAAGUCCAUGAUUGGUUUUAUUGCAGAUCAGUAGACUUAGCAGAGAACUCACUUUUGAAAAAAAAAGCCUCCUUUGGUAAUAUGCAGUCUGGAGGAUAUGCAAUGAAAUUUAUUAUUUUAAAAAAAACAACAACUCCAAACUGUUAAGAAUGGGAAUGAAUUUAGAAUGUAACCCUUUAAGACAGAGAUCUUCAUGUAUUUAAACUUUGAUAGGACUUCAAACAGUUUGGACAAGUUUUUAAUAAUGUUUUAAUAUGAUUUGAGAAGUGUGGCUUCCUACUGGUUUGAUCGAAGAGCGGAAUGGCUUUAUAUAAGGAAAAUCCAUGCAGCGGGAAUCUGCUUCAGUGAAAGGUUAACCAUAUUUGAUCCGUAGGCUGUUGAUUGAUGGGCUCCAAGUAAAGACAGGAAAGCUUUGUCAAUCCUGCUCUUUCUCAGUUCAUCUCUAUCAGUGAAGCCCCAAAUGUAAUUGUCAGAUGUAAUUGCAGAGCCCAGAAAUGAAUUCUGGUUUUAGGACUCUUUCAAUUCAAAUUUCAGCUUGCAACUCAAGUUGAAAGAAAUGUCACUGAUUCCUGAGUGCACUUUGCAGUCAAUCUUGAAUUCUUGCAACUGCUGUGGAUUUGACAACAUUUUUGGAAGUUGAUGUCAUAAGCCAGCAGGAGUCACUGAGACCAAGUUGGGUGACCAUAUAAAUUUUCUUAAAUAAAAAAAAAAAUAUUCCCAUGACUGAGAGUGACUGACUGUCCCCCAAAUCACGUGGCUGGUCUCCCAGUACUUUUAAUCACUACACCAAAGUGGUGUUCCAAAUAUGUUGGACUAUUUAUAUGGAAAAUUAGCAAAGGUAGACAGGAAUAUCUAGAUUAGGAUUAAAACGAUCUGCUUGAACUGUAUUAAUGUCAACCCUGUUUUCUUGUUUGAAUUCUUCAACUCUGGAUUCCUUUUUAUUUAUACUUACUCUUUCAUUGUAUAGUCUUGAUUUUCAUUCUUUGUGCAUUCUGGAUUAUUUUAUUUAGAGAUAAAGUGUGAAUCUAGGCCUCAGUCUGGAAUUAAGUAAAUAAGAGCAGCUAUCAGGACAAUGAAGAAAUGAAAAAGAAGAAACAAGCAACAAGAUUGUGAGUUAUGGUAUCAGUUGCACUGGGUGAAAAGGAUGCUUGGCUGAAAAAUGCUGUAUGCAGGAAACACAAAUGCCACUAUUUUAAGCAUUCUGUUUAGAAAAAGAAAUUCUUUCUCAGGUCAUUAAAUUUAAGAUUUAAGUAA